GCGCUGCGUCUGUGACAGACCUCAAGAAGAAAGUCCAGUCCGCUCCGCGUCGUGACCGGUGAUCUCUCCCUGUCGGUGCUCACCAGACCCAUUGGAUUUACCACCGGGGAACCUUUCGACCCAGGACACUUUAUUUUUUUAAGAACAUUUUAAUUAUAAUAUGGGAAAAGAAAAUAUCCGUUUUGUGACACUUUGGAUAAUUUUGGGAAACACCAUAGCAACUUUCUCCACCACCCCUGGAGCCACAACUGUGUUUGUAAACACCACAGUCUCCACUACUCCCCUGCCGACCACUGCUGAAUGGAUCACAGACUUCACUGACAUUGUGUCCAAGUUCUCCCUGCGCACAGCGGACAUCCCCGAUGACGACAUGUGCUACAUCUUUGCCGGCAGGCCGGAAACCAUCGAAGAGUGUAAAUUCAACGCAUCGACGCAGUCCUUCGUCGUGAUACAUGGCUGGACGGUAACAGGGAUGUUUGAGAGCUGGGUGCCCAAGCUGGUGUCUGCGCUGUACGAGCGGGAGCCCACUGCCAACGUGAUCGUGGUGGACUGGUUGACCCGCGCCAACCAGCACUACCCGACCUCUGCAGCUUACACCAAACUGGUGGGCCGCGACGUCGCCAAGUUCGUAACCUGGAUACAAAAAGAGCUGCAGUUGCCCUGGGACAAGAUUCAUCUGCUGGGAUACAGUCUGGGAGCACACGUGGCCGGGGUAGCUGGAGACCUCACCAACCAUAAAAUCAGCAGGAUCACAGGUAUGGAUCCAGCCGGUCCCACCUUCGAGCAUGCAGAUGACCAGAGCACCUUGUCCCGGGAUGACGCCCAGUUUGUGGACGUCCUGCACACCAACACCCGGGGCUCCCCGGAUCGCAGCAUCGGCAUCCAGAGGCCCGUGGGCCACAUCGACAUUUACCCCAAUGGAGGCACCUUCCAGCCGGGCUGCGACAUCCAGAAUACCUUGCUGGGUAUUGCAUUGGAAGGAAUCAAGGGCCUUCAAAAUAUGGACCAGCUCAUCAAAUGCUCCCACGAACGCUCUAUCCACCUGUUCAUCGACUCUCUGCUGAACACCCAGCAGCAGAGCAUGGCGUACCGCUGCAACUCCAAGGAGGCCUUCAACAAGGGACUGUGCCUCAACUGCAGGAAGAAUCGCUGCAACAAGCUCGGCUACAACAUCAACAAGGUCCGCACCACCCGCAGCACCAAGAUGUUCCUCAAAACACGGGAUAUGAUGCCAUACAAAGUUUUCCAUUACCAAGUGAAGAUGCAUUUCUUCAGUAAGGAUCCGCUGAGCUUUACCGAGCAGCCACUGAAGAUUUCUCUGUAUGGAACCAACGCAGAGAAGGAGGACAUUCCCUUUGUUAUGCCUGUCCUGAAUGGCAACACCACUCUGUCGUUCCUCAUCACCACUGACGUUGCCAUCGGAGACUUGAUGAUCGUGAAGCUGCGCUGGGAGAAGGACUCAAUCAUCAGCUGGUCCGACUUCUGGGGCAGCAGCAGGUUCCACAUCCGGAAAUUGCGCGUCAAAUCUGGGGAGACCCAGUCCAAGGUGAUCUUUAGUCCGAAGGAAGGAGAGUUUUCCUACCUUGUCAGGGGAGGAGAAGAUUCAGUCUUUGUCAAGUCGAGAGAAGACACCGUGAGCCGUAAAGAUAAAUUGUUGCAGAAGCUGAAAACGCAGGGCAGUCUCUUUGGGCAGAACGACGCUUGAAGUUGGACUUGACCACGCACCCACUUCGUGCACAUUAUCCAUCUCUACAUAGACAGCCAAAGAUGGACAGCACACGGCGACUCUCUAGACCCUUUGCAAGAAACUGGACAUAUAUAGUGACUCAUGCUUCUUUCUGUUUUUCCCCAACCCCCAGUGCAACCAACACAACCUCAUCCACUGUGCUGGAAAUCAAUCUGCCCUCUCUGCUGUUGAAAAACGUUUCUUUGUGAUGAUGUGCUCACUGUUGUUUUUUUUACAAAUCACACUUUGAGAAGCUUUCGCUGCAUAUCUUUGUAAUCAUUUGUUUAUGAUUUUAUAGCCUACAUGUACUGUUCUUACUGAUUUUAAUGUAAUUUGAAACCCUGAACUGGUGUGUCUUCUUUGCUUUUGUGAACUCAUAAUAUUGUUAAUGUAAAAAUGAUCCAGUGUGACAAAUGCAAUUUAGGCACUUUUUCUUUUGUUGUUUGUUUGUUUUUUGCAAAAUUAUCACUUUGGCCCUAAUUUUUGUCCUUACCUUACCACUAAUCUCCAACAAUCAACAGGGACCAAAGAAAUAUCUACUGUCUACUGAUCAGAAAAUCACAGUGGUCAUUGUACAUACCUUUUUUAUUCAGUAUUUUAUAUAUACAUAUAUAUACAUAUAUAUAGAGCGAUUUUUGCAAAUGUCAUUUGAUUGCAUUUUGGUUAUUGUGUCACAGGUCACUUUAAAAGGCUCUUAGUCCCCUCCAGCUAUGUUUGAUGCUUAGGUCAUUGAGAGUACGGUCCAGCACAGACAUGCAUUCUUACGUUUUGAUCAUUUUAUAAAUUAAAAAGAACAAAGGUCACUUUUAAUGAUCCAGGAAUGGCUAAGUGCUCCUGAAACUGAAUGAAUGGGUCAAUAGUGUCUCACCUCAUUGACAAAACUCAAGACUACAACAUGCCCUUAUGUUUGAAAGGUCAAACAUUACAAAAUUAAAAAUUAAAAUUGCAAGCCUUUGUAAUUUGUGAUGGACGGGCCUACAUGAUAGCCACAAUACAUCUCAAGAAUACUUCAUAUUGUAUUUAUUGAAUGUACAUUUAUAUAUUUGUAUAUUAAGCUGUAAUAUAUGUUUGGCAGGCUUCCUGUGUUUUUAUAAAUGAAGCAUUUUGUGAUUUUAUGCAAAAGGAUUUUGGAACGAUCAAUCCAAUUCGUCUCCAUGCAAGCUGUUGAGUGCAUUUAUCUUUUGGACUGAAAUGCAGUGCACUGUAUAAAGAAAGAGCCUGGGAUGAUUUAAUAAAGAGAUAAACCACAUAAUUAAA